ACCGAUCAUCAGUUAAGAGUGUUUAUGUAUGUGACAUUAAUGAUGGAUAAUGGUCACGUUUGUAAGAAUUGUUUAAGAGUUGGAUCCUUAACUUUUCAUGUGUUUUGAAGGAAACAUGGGAUUCGAAAUAUCGAAAUAAUUCUUGGAGAUAAUAGCACACUUGAGCAUAAAGAGACAUAUGACUGAGUAUUCUCCAUCAAUGUUUGAGGUUAGGAUUUGUUUUUAAACUAAACUUUAUUACUCCCUCUGUUUCAAAAUAGUUGAUGUUUUGGAUGAAGGCAUAAGAAUUAAGACAUACAUAUUUUCCUAAAAAGUGACACUAAAAAUAUUAAAUAAAUCUAAUCCAGCCAAUCAUUAAAAAUACUAUAAAACAUUAUUGGUCACACAGUUUUCAAUGAACUUUAAACUAAUUAAAAAAUAUCAAACAUCGGUUUGACAAAAAAAAAUAUCAAACAUCAUAUAUUUUGAAACAUCAAUAACUCUUCAAAACAUCAUCUAUUAUGAAACGGAGGGAGUAUUAUGUUACAUUUAUCUGAAGUGAUUGAGCUGUGAUUUCAUCAGGAGGAGAUCAACUUACGGUUAGCUCUAACAAGCAAAGUUGAGCACUCUAGUUGGCCCCUUCAGCCAUGACUAUGAGAAGCUCAUAUUUUGUAUUUAAUGCAUUGUUGUUAUCACUUGGCCAAUCAAUUGAUCAUUUUAUUCUAUAAAAACUUUAUAUAUGGCUUUCUUCUUCCCUAGUCUUCUUGUGUUUCUGCCUAUUAUUUUUGACUCGUCAAUGAGUGAUGAGAAUAUUCAUCAGGACACAAGUAAAGCUGCCUCAGAGUUAAACAAACUGAAAAGCUUACGUCCUGAGUUAGGUCCGUUUGCAUUUGUACGUGGACUUAACGACUAGGCCUAAAUGUAUUUUCUUUCGAGUAUCUUUAAUUCCCGAUGUAGCUUUUUGGGCCGUCGAGCCUUUUAUUGCAUGUUGGUUGAGAAAAGUAUAAUAAAACUGUGGUUAUUGAUUAGUUGAGAAAAGAAUAAACAAGUGUUAGUUUAAUGAUCGAUGCUUGGAGCAUGAACAAGUUAGCGAUUAGAAAAGAGAGAACAUGAGCUAGUUUUUUUUUUUUUUUUUAAGAAAAGGCUUUCAGAACAUGAGCUAGUUUGCCUUUCGUAUUACUUAAUUAAAACUGGCUUAAUAAAUUAUAUAAAAGUAAUUGUAUAUAAUUUGAUUGGUAAGCUGUCCAUUAACAGAAUAUAACGUAGUCAACUAAUCAUAAUGCUAUGUAUUUGGAGUUUUUUUAUUCAUUUGGAAAAAAAAUCUUACUAAUACUGCUGCAAUAAUCAUAACUUAUGAUUCAUAAGGCUGCAACUGGAUUGUCCAAAUUUAGAAUGAAAUAAGUUGAAAUGCUAUGUUCCAUACAUUCCAGUUUUUUUUACCAUUUAUCUUGAAUAAAAUAAAAUGUUUAUUCCAUCGAUUCCAAAAAGAAUUAAACAAAAUUCAAAUAAAUCAUUCCACUAUUAUUUUGAUCAUGAAUGAAUGGAAUAGAUUUAUUCCAUGUUUUUUAAUAUUUCAUUUCUUUCAUUCCAUUCCUUUUAUUUCAUUCCUUUUUAUCCCACUAAUUCCAUUAUACAUUAACCAAAAGAUCAUGUGAUUUUAUCACGUUGUUUGUAGAUUAGUAUUUCAUUAAAUAAAUUGAUUUUAUGAGAAAUAUGUUACUCAAAACUUGUAAAAGCUUACUUAUAAAUUUAAUCCGUCAUUACGUAGUACACGUAAUUAACAAUGCCUGGUGGGUUGAAUUAAGAAAUGUGAAAGCUGUGCCUAUAUGUAUUUAUCCGAUUUUUUUUUUUGAACUUAAGUUAUCCGAUUUGUUGCUGCAUUAUAUAUUAUUAAGAUCGUAACAAUUAACGAGGAAAAGACUCAAGAGAGAGAGAGAGAGAGAGAGAGAGAGAGAGAGAGUCAUGGAGACGAUUGUUAAGGUAGCUUAUGACGCAUCCGUGAAGACAGUUUUGACGUUGUUGGAGAAGAAUCUGUUACCAGAUGUUGUCAUAAGGAGGCUGACGCGGCUGCUUCUCGCCGGUCGACUUCGUUCCGGUUACAAACCUACGGCGGAGCUGCAACUUUCCGAUCUCCUCCGUUUCGUCAACUCUAUAAAAGAGAUGCCUAUAGCUAUCAAUACCGAGAAGCCAAAGACACAACACUAUGAAUUACCAACGGCUUUCUUCGAACUUGUUCUUGGAAGAAACAUGAAAUACAGCUCUUGUUAUUUCUCAAACGAUUCAAGUAGCUUAGAAGAUGCAGAGGAAGCAAUGCUGGCUCUAUAUUGCCAAAGAGCUAAAGUGGAAGAUGGACAAAGUGUUCUUGAUGUCGGAUGUGGCUGGGGAUCUUUGUCCUUGUACAUUGCCCGCAAGUACAGCAACUGCAAGAUAACAGGUCUUUGCAACUCAAAAACACAGAAAGCAUUCAUCGAUGAGAAAUGCCGGAAACGUGGGAUUCAAAAUAUUGAAAUAAUUGUUGGAGAUAUUAGCACUUUUGAGCAUGAAGGGACAUAUGACCGAGUACUCUCCAUCGAAAUGUUUGAGCAUAUGAAAAACUAUGGAGAGCUUCUGAAGAAAAUUGGAAGGUGGAUGAAGGAAGAUGCUCUUCUGUUUGUUCACCAUUUCUGCCAUAAGACAUUUGCUUACCACUUUGAGGAUGUGAAUGAUGAUGACUGGAUCACAAGACACUUCUUCAGUGGAGGAACAAUGCCAUCAGCGAAUCUUCUCCUUUACUUCCAAGAAGAUGUUACAAUUGUGGAUCAUUGGCUACUGAAUGGAAAUCAUUAUGCAAAGACCAGUGAGGAGUGGCUGAAGAGAAUGGACAAGGAGAUAGUUGCAAUAAAGGAGAUAAUGGAAAUGACUUAUGGGAAAGAGGAGGCAGUGAAGUGGAUGGUUUACUGGAGAACCUUCUUCAUAGCGGUUGCUGAGCUUUUCGGAUACAGCAAUGGAGAAGAGUGGAUGGUUUCUCACUUCCUCUUCAAGAAGAAGUGAUUCUAUAUCUUUCUUCUCUUAAUAAUCAGUUCUUGAAUUCGUGAGUGCCAAAUAAAGAAUAAAGACAUUCUCCUUCAACUUUGAUUUCCUUCUAAGUAAUAGAUUCGUAUGCUUUCC